AUGCUUUCGCCUCGAAAUGCCGGGUCCAAUGGGGUAGGGGGAGGGGCAGGGGGAGAAGGGGAGUACGGAGCGGGACAGCAGAGGCGGCGGGCGGGGAGCCGGCCGUUAAUUCGCGUGAAUGAGGGGCAGCAGAUGGCGGCGCAGGUGCUGGACGCGGACGAGUACCCUGACCAGUACCCCGAGGAGUACGCGCACGAGUAUCCCGAGGAGUACGCGCAGGAAUACCCCCACGACUACCUUGACGCCAACGACUUCGCUUCCGACUAUUUAUCGCAGCGAGGGGCCGCGCGACGCGCCUCCGCCCCGUCGCCGUCCGCCGCGGGGUACCAGGCAACUGGCUUGAGCACGUCGCCGCUGCGCUCCAGCAUGGGCGCGGCGCUGGGUGCGGGGAUGAGCUCGGGGCACGUGCGGUCGGAUGCCAUUGGGGAUAGCGAGGCGGACAGAGGGCGCCACGAGCGGGGCGACCCGCGACGAGGUGGCGAGGCGAAACAAGUGCGCAAGGUGCGAAGUAGGGCAGUGGGUGGGGAGCCGUCAUGUAGCCCACGGCGGUGCCUCAUCGGGCGCAACGCGCUGCAUGGACGCGUGAAGCCAAGCACCCGCCCGCCUGUGCCUCGCGUCCUUUGCGUCUCCCCCACCUCCCUCGCAACCCCUCCGUUCCCCUCUCCUGCUUGCCCCGUCGCGCAGUUCUCGUCGCUACCCAACUAUGCGGGCGGCACUGACGGCGCCGCGCACUCACCGCAAGAGGUGAUGAGUCCCCGCCGCGUGCCCAAGCCCGCCCGCCCCGCCAUGCUCUCGGGCAUGGGCAUGGGGGGGGCGCCGACGGGCAGCUAUCAGGCGUCGUCGCGCGGCGAGGCGGAGGUGCUGCGCGGCGUGCUGGCGCUGCUGGAGGCGGUGCGGGACGACGACGUGGCGCGCGUCAACCGCAUCCUGCAGGACGCGCCGUCGCGCACCGCGCUGCUGCACUGCGCGCACCCUGGUACGCCGCGUCUCUCAUCCCCCAUCCUCAACGUACCCUGCCUUACUUUUCCCUCCUCACUGUUACCCUCCCUUUCUGCUCUUUUCGCACAUGUUAUCCACCAUUCGCUCCCCCCUCCUCCACGACUCGUCUACCUCGCUGCGUCUCCUCAUUCGCGUCCCACGUGCCUGGCCCAUUCCCCACGCCAUGCCCCCCGUGCAGGCACGGGGCGGGCGGCGCUGCACGAGGCGGUGGUGGCGGGCAGCGUGGACGCCGCUGCUGCGCUGCUGGAGUGGGGGGCCGACCCCGAUGGCGGGCACGCGUCGCAGAUGCCGCCCAUACUGCUGGCGGUGCAGGCGGGCAGUGAGAAGGCGGUGACGCUGCUGCUGUCACACGGCGCCGACAUCAACGCUCACGACGCGCAGCUCUGCACCGCGCUGCACUACGCAUGCGCUGACGCCCACCGGUACCCCUCCUCCACCUCCCCCCUCGCCACACCCUGUCCCAUCUCAUCAGUCCCAUCCUGCCUCUCACCCCUUUGCCACCUCUCCAUCUCUGAUGCUCCGGUCCUUGCUCCCACCUGCUGCUUCUGCCCACCCUUUUCUGGCGGCAGGGGCAUGAUAAAGCUGCUGCUGGUGGCGGGCGCCAACAUGUAUGCGCGCAACAGCGACGGGCUGCUGCCGCAGCAGCUGGCGUCCACGGACCGCAUCCGAGCGCUCUUCUCCAAGCUGCACGACUACCACCACCGCCACGGCCUCCUGCCCCCCCAUGCUCACCUCGCCUCCUCCGCCACGCCCGCUGCUGCCAUGGCCGCGUCCCCCCCUGCCAGCCCUGGCGGCAUGGACCGGCGCAGCCCGCAUGAGGGGGGGCUGCUGGGGGACGACUCGUGGGACGACCAAGGUGUGCCUCCCCUUCCCUGCUCUCGCUCCACUCCCCUUCCCUGCUCUCGCUCCACUCCCCUUCCCUGCUCUCGCUCCACUCCCCUUCCCUGCUCUCGCUCCACUCCCCUUCCCUGCUCUCGCUCCACUCCCCUUCCCUGCUCUCGCUCCACUCCCCUUCCCUGCUCUCGCUCCACUCCCCUUCCCUGCUCUCGCUCCACUCCCCUUCCCUGCUCUCGCUCCACUCCCCUUCCCUGCUCUCGCUCCACUCCCCUUCCCUGCUCUCGCUCCACUCCCCUCGGGCACGAACCAUCACCACUCGCUGCCGCUGCUGUGCUUCACACUGUCUCACAGCGCGUCAUGCCCCGUCCCUUUGUGCCCAUCCGUGCCCCGCCCUCCUCCUCACCCCCCCACCCCCUCCAGGCGUAA